CCUUCUUGUUAACAAAAACAGUUGGAGUUACUCUCACUAAUGACUGUGUUUGGCAUCUUCAACGCACUCAAGUCCUCCAAUCUCAUCUCCUGGAAAUCCACGGGUAGGCUUCAGCAAACCAUAGCUGGAUGCAUAGAGAGGAGUGGCAAGACUUUGCAUUCGGGUGAGGUUUCAAGGGUGAAAAUAUGCCCGGGGUAUGCUGGUGAAGGGAGGUACUUCGAAUUUCAAUCGAAAUUGGUUUCUGCAUCCAUUGAUUUCGCCAAAGUAUCGCCCUUGUGUACCACGCUUUGUAAGGAUGGAAUUAGCGUCCGGACUGUUGAGCAUUUGCUGUCUGCUUUGGAGGCUAAGGGUGUUGAUAAUUGCAAGAUUGAGAUUGAAAAUUUGGACUGUGGCAGUCAAGAGGUUGAGGUUCCUAUUUUUGAUGGGUCAGCACGUGCAUGGGUGGAGGCAAUAGAACAAGUUGGUCUAAAGGAGGCCUUGGAUCAGCAUGGAGUCAAUGGUGAAAAAGUUGCUCCGUAUUUGAAUGAACCGGUACAUGUAUGGAGGAAUGAUUCUUUUAUAGUUGCUUUCCCUUCCACGAAGGUUCACAUCACUUGUGGAAUUGACUUUCCCCAGGUGCCUGCUAUUGGCUGCCAAUGGUUUUCCUCAGCACCAUUGGAUGACUCUUUCUAUGCAAUGCAGAUUGCAUCUUCAAGAACCUUUUGCAUUUAUGAGGAGGUGGAGUCUAUGCGUGCUGCAGGACUAAUAAAAGGGGGUUCAUUAGAAAAUGCCCUGGUUUGUAGUUCCAGUGAAGGUUGGUUAAAUCCACCAUUGCGAUUCCCAAAUGAACCUUGUCGGCAUAAGGUCUUAGAUCUUGUAGGUGACCUAUCCCUAUUUGCACGGAAUGGUAGUCAAGGGCUUCCUAUGGCUCACAUAGUAGCUUUCAAGGGAGGGCAUGCACUGCAUGCUGAUUUUGCUCGUUGCUUAUCGGGAAUUAUUUAGGAGGAAACGUUCUACUGUUGAGUUCUGUUCCUGGAGACUAUAGGUGUACAUAUGAUUCAAUGUGGCUCAAUCCUAGUAAGCAUCUUGUAACUCAAUGAAAACCGAUAUAAGAGGUGGGUACAUCAUCUGACAUCUGUAACAUUUUAUGCUUCAAAUUUUG